GGAUGGAGAACGUAACAAUGGUAACUCCUCUCACAGAGCCCAUCAUUUUCGAGCUGGAGGGCUUCUAUGUACCACCAGGCUACGGCGCCUUCUUCUUCUUCCUGGCUCUGCUUAACUACAUGGUCAUGCUGUUGGCAAAUUGUGUGGUGCUGUGUGUCAUUGUCAUUGACAAGAACCUGCACAGACCCAUGUUCAUAAUGGUUGGUCACCUGGUAGUCUGUGAUAUGUUUGGGGCCACAGCGGUGCUGCCUCGCCUCAUGGUACACUUCCUGACGGGCCAGAGGAAAAUCGCCUACAUCCCAGCCAUCGCCCAGGCCUUCUCUGUGCACACGUACGGCGUCGCAGCGCAGACCAUUCUGGGUGUGAUGGCCUAUGACAGGUACAUUGCUGUGUGUGAACCACUCAGGUAUCACAGCAUCAUGUCAUCGGCUCGGCUGCACUCCUGCUGCGCCCUGGCCUGGUUGGUCGCUCUGCUGCUUAUUGCUGUUCUCUUUUCAGGGCACAUGAAUACCCCGCUGUGUGGCAAUUUCAUCAAACACAUCUUCUGCACCAACCGUGGUAUCCUAGGCCUGGCCUGCAGUCCCACCCCUAUAAACGACAUUUAUGGUCUCACCAUGUCCUGGUUUGUGAGUACAGGCGUCUUCCUCGUCAUUGCUUUUUCCUACUGUAAAAUCCUGCAUGCUACUGUGAAACGAGGCCGAGCUGACAGCACCAUCCGAAGUAAGGCCUUUCAGACGUGCGCAUCGCACCUUGUUGUGUAUGUGCUCUACCAAAUUGCUUCAGUGGUCAUGAUUACGAGUCAAAGGUUCCCUUCCAUCUCUCAGAAUUUUAGGAAGUUCUUCAGCGUCCUUUUCAUCAUCAUCCCACCAGUCAUUAACCCCAUUAUCUACGGACUGGUCAGUAAAGAAUUACGUGUUGCAAUGCGCAAAACCAACUUUUUCAAACUCGUCCCAGGCCGUGCGGCCGAUCUGCACGAAACCCGGUACGAAUUUUGA